CGUCGCAGAGUUCAAGUCAGUCAAGGGUCCUAGAUUCUUGAAGAUACACCACAGACACCGACGUCUCUACACCCAAUAACUUAGUGUGCAUUGCACCAUUUUCCCUUUGCCAGUCCGGACGGCCAUACGCGUACGACACGAAUCCUCACUUCAACCCUUGCAAACCUAUUCCCAUCCGAUCUUCUGCGGACCGCGACAAGACCUGAGCCUGCGCCGAUACGGAGCCAGCGGUCACCACAGGAAAACCAAUAUAAUAAUUGACAAAUGCGCAAAGAACAUUCAUACUGCGUCUGAUGUGGUUGGAGAGGGCUUCUACUGCUCCAACGCAAUAAAACUCCCAUUCAAUAUCCUGUGGGGUGGACCGGCUCGUCCAUCGCGAUCAUGGUCGAAGUAAACGGAGUCUCGAAGAUGGAAGACACCGUCUCUAUAUCGGCUUCCCAUCUCGGCAAACGAAAACGCACAACAUCUCCAGAACCUGUGACUGCGCCCAAGAACACAAAAUCAUUCCCAUUACAAGCUAUGCUGAAAGAUGCUUUGUUGCUGAUCCGCAGACACGACAUAACACCUUCCUUGCUGAAACAUCCUCUCCCACUGUCAGACACCGAAGGUCCAGACGCGAAAAGAGUACGCCUUGCGAAAAUCGAAUCCGUUGGCGAGACAGUCGAAGAGAGGGUACUUGCAGGGGCCUACAAGUCUUUCGAUGAAUUGAGGAAAGAUGUCAACACUGUCGGGGCAGCUAUUGUGAACAACCUUUCCAGCUCAGAUGUGAACGGGAAUACAGCCUCGGAUACACCCUCUGAGUCUGGCGUAAAAGAACAAUUUGCAAAAGUAAUGGAUUUACUAUCAAAAUGCGAUGUAGACACCUCCAAAGUUGCCAAUACGAUUACAGUCAAGACAGAAGGUGAAGAUUUGACCAAGGCACUUCCAGUCACGCAAGCCCCGAAGCACAUUCUCUCGCUUCGCAGCCAUAUCGCGGCGGGCAAGGACUCUCAGCCAUUGUUCUCUGGGCUGGAACUACAGCCACAAGAUGGAGAUAGUGACGAAUCACUUCUCCCGAACGGAAUCAACCUCACUGAUUUCACCUCCCUCGGAAGCGAAGCACCCAAGCCAAAGCCGCAAAAACGAUCUUUUAGCACUGUCUUCCAACCAUCUACUCGAUUAAAACAGCUGGAGAUGCCACGACCUUCUUCAAACAGAAUCGUUGGGAGUAAUACUCUCGACUUUGCGCCAUAUGUCGAUCCUAAUGAGACCAAUCCACAAACCAAGCACCAUUACAAGUUCACUAAAUUGCAGACUGGAAAGUGGCUGUCCUAUGGAUCAGGGAAUGACCAAGAUAAAGUUCGACAACCACAUGUUCUGGGAGCGGUCGAUUACAGGACAGCUCUCACAGCGAACGGUGUGCAGAAAGGGAGUAGAUCAACUGAAGGGUCAUCGUUCAGCUCCGUGUAUUCGUCCUUUGCGCCCACUAUGGACAAUGGAGGUUUCUUGAUUUCUGAAGAGGACAGAAAUCGUCACUGGUGGCACAAAUACGGAAACAAGAAGUUGUCAAAAUUCUUCAGCUCAGAAGAGUUGGAAGAGACGGCCACAGAAACCCAGGCCCUGGAGGAUGACUUUGCGGACGUGGUCGCCAACUUUCAGCCUGACGAGCCCGAAGAAGACACCAAGCCUAUGGAAGACUCUCAUGACUCCGAAGAAAUGCUUGAGGAAGUUUCUGGACUAAUCGAAACGUUGAGCUCGUACCAAAGGAACCGUACCCUCGAUACCAAAAUCCCCGUCCCGCAGCCUACACCGACGGAUGCCGAAUUUGACGUUUUUGAGAUGCUGCGGGAUCAGCUGAAGAUUUUGAUCUCAUCGUUGCCCCCUUUUGCGGUGGCCAAACUGGACGGAGAUCAGCUCGAAGAAUUGAAUAUUUCAACGAAGCUCUUAGUCGAGCCGCCUGACUAUCAAGGAACAGGACAAGUCGACGACUACACAUGGAGGUUACAAAUGGCCCGGCAAGCUACCUCAGCUCCCGCUCGUACGCCCAUAGCCCAGCCGAUACGUCCCGGCUAUUCGCAAAGCCAGGUGACGCAGCCAGCAUACAAUGCUCAGGCGCGAAGUUACAACGCCUCGGUUCCAGCAACCGCUGGGUAUGGUGCGAGAGCUGCGAACUACCAGACACCAACAGUCCCGCGCCCGACGUACUCCCAAACACCAUUCCAAGCCACUGGCACGCCUUACACGAAUCGUACUACCAUUCAACAAUUCCAACGAGCGACGCAGAAUGGCUACGCAAAUUAUGCCGCUGGUGCGACACAGACACAGAGCCCAGGGUUUGCCCAGCGUCCAAGUCAGCCAGGCUACCAGCAACGUGCGCAAGAUAGUGCUUUUGCGACUGUUGGCAGAUCGGCAUCGCCUCAGAAACCGGUGGUCAACGGACAGAACUACCCUUCGAGACAGUAUCCAAGCCAACCUCAGACGCCGUACGCGUAUCAACGACAAGCUUCCGGGACUCCCGUCACACCAAACACGCCCGCCACGACGGCGGCUACGGCUUAUGGGCGAUAUACAGCCACUCCGGAUCGGGCCAGUACUGAGGCGGGUACUAAUGCAGCGACAGCGGCUACCGGACAAACUGUUGAGGUUUCUCGCUAAAUCAUGCUGGCAAUACUUGGCUCAGUUAAUCAUUGUUCUUGUAUGAUGAUGAGGAAUUUAUUCAUGUUAAUUCAAGUCGUCCAAAGACUGACGGCAGUAUUGGAGACGUCGAACACUUUGGGGACGCUCAGGCCUGAUAGCCCCUGUAGGCAGCUUUUCGUUCUAACCAGAGCGAUGACCGCGUGAAGUGGUCAAGAGGUAUUGGAGAAUGAAAUCAGAUGGGCAAUUUCAGAUAGCUUUCGUCAUGUUCGUACAAUCCGCUGAUCGAUUGCUGGCUCCGUGGAACGGGAGAUCGCUCGCAUCGUAUGGUGUAGUCGACAGAGAAAAGGUCGAGUAGCCGG